AUGUUUUUUCUACACAUAUAGAAGAAGGUGCUGCUAUUAAAACCUGGCUUAUUUGAUAACUAUAUCCAAGUGUUUAAAAGUGUUUUCACUUCAUUAGUUUGGCAUUUAAGAUUUCAUCGGUAAACAUUCACGCAUGAUUAGUUAAACUAAAGCCAAAUACUUUAUUAUUUUUGAUGCUAGAGUAAGAUCAAUUUUGAGCUGUAUGCCCAAACCUGAAUUCAGCAGUUAAUGAUUAUAUCUUGAUUCUGAAUUAAAAUUAUCAUUCAUAUCAUUUGAACGUACCUUUUUUUGUAUGCUACUUACAAAUAUUUAUAAAAAAUUGAAUGCUUUUUGUUGAUAUAGUCUAUUUUCUGGUCUGUAAUAUCUUUGAGCCUUAUUUGCAAAUAGCAAAUUAAUUUGAUUUGAAUUUUUAAAAUUCAUUAGAAUGUUUUAUCCCUCCCCUUCUUUUUAAUAGUUUGAAAAACGUUGUGUUAACUGUAUAUGUGUUUGCUAAUUUUUGAGACAUUUGUGUAGUGGGAAAGAUUGGAAGCUUUGGGUAUGAUAGUUUUGACUCCCUUCAAUGAGUGUGUCUCUAAUCAGUCCCUGAUUCAAACUCCCCAGUAGACUCAAGGUUAUUGGCCCAGCUCUAGAAGCUGAGUGUCAUUAAGAAAUCAAAUUUUUCAGGGAUUGCAGUAGAGGGUUCCUGACAGAGCUGGAGAAAAGUGUAGAACAAAAUUCAAACCCACAAAAAAAGACGAGACUUAUUGGUCUGACAGAGACUGGGAAACCCCCAGAGUGUGGCCCCUACACACCCUUUUAACUCAGUACUAAACGCACUCCUGAGGUUCACUCUUCAGCUGAAGUUUAGACAGGCCUAUAAAACAAACAAUAACACGUGUAGUUUAACUAUGUGUACGAGACUAAAUGGGCACACCAGCCCAGGGACAAAGAUGAGAAGGCGGGACAGGACAGGAAAGCUGGACGAGUGGAAGUGGGGAAACCAAGGUCGAGAAACGAAGAGUGUUGACACGUUUGCAGGGUUGGCAACCAAUGUUACAACACAACAUGUGUAUUAACUGUUCAAUGAGAAACUAAUUUGUUCUGUAAACUGUCACCUAAAGCACAAUUAAAAAAAAAAUCAGAUUUUCUUCUUUGUUUUGUAUGAGGCAUGGAAUUCAACUGGAAAAUACUGAAUCUAAAUAGAAAUUCUUCCCAAUUGUGUUUAACAACUUUUCAGAGUCCUUAUAGGACAGUUCUUCGAGAUAAUGCUAUACCAACAAUAUUUGAUCUCACCAGUCAUCUGAAUAAUCCACAUAGCAGACACAGAAAACGAAUAAAAGAAUUGAGUGAAGAUGAAAUCAGGACACUGAAACAGAAAAAAAUUGAUGAAACUUCUGAACAGGAACAAAAGCAUAAAGAAACAAACAACAGCGAUGCUCAGAACCUCAGUGCAGAAGGAGGAGGUGAAGAACAGGAUGAAGACGUUUUACCUUUAACCCUUGAAGAGAAGGAAAACAAAGAAUACCUAAAAUCGUUAUUUGAAAUUUUGAUUCUUAUGGGAAAACAAAACAUACCUCUGGACGGACAUGAGGCUGAGGAAAUCCCAGAAGGUCUCUUCACUCCUGAUAACUUUCAAGCUCUGCUGGAAUGCCGCAUCAAUUCUGGUGAAGAGGUUCUGAGAAAACGGUUUGAGACAACAGCAGUUAACACACUGUUCUGUUCAAAAACGCAGCAGAAGCAGAUGCUAGAGAUCUGUGAGAGCUGCAUUCGGGAAGAAACUCUCAGGGAAGUGAGAGACUCACGCUUCUUUUCCAUUAUCACUGACGACGUGGUGGAUAUAGCAGGGGAGGAGCACCUGCCCGUGUUGGUGAGGUUUGUCGAUGAAUCUCAUAACCUAAGAGAGGAAUUUGUGGGCUUUCUGCCUUACGAAGCUGAUGCAGAAAUUUUGGCUGUGAAAUUUCACACUACGAUAACUGAGAAAUGGGGACUAAACAUGGAGUACUGUCGUGGCCAGGCUUACAUUGUGUCCAGUGGAUUUUCUUCCAAGAUGAAAGUUGUUGCUUCUAGACUUUUAGAGAAAUACCCUCAAGCCAUCUACACACUCUGCUCUUCCUGUGCCUUAAAUAUGUGGUUGGCAAAAUCAGUACCUGUUGUGGGAGUAUCUGUUGCACUGGGGACAAUUGAGGAAGUUUGUUCUUUUUUCCAUCGGUCUCCACAACUGCUUUUAGAACUUGACAGUGUCAUUUCUGCCCUUUUUCAGAACAAUGAAGAAAGGGGUAAUGAAUUAAAGGAAAUUUGCCAUUCUCAAUGGACAGGCAGGCAUGAUGCUUUUGAAAUUUUAGUGGACGUCUUACAAGCACUUGUUCUAUGUUUAGAUGGUAUAAAUAAUGACACAAAUAUUAGAUGGAAUAACUGUAUAGCUGGCCGAGCAUUUGUACUCUGUAGUGCAGUCACAGACUUUGAUUUCAUUGUUACCGUUGUUGUUCUUAAGAAUGUUCUGUCUUUUACAAGAGCCUUUGGGAAAAAUCUCCAGGGCCAAACCUCUGACGUCUUCUUCGCAGCCAGCAGCUUGACUGCAGUGCUGCAUUCACUGAAUGAAGUGAUGGAAAAUAUUGAAGUUUACCAUGAGUUUUGGUUUGAGGAAGCCACGAAUUUGGCAACCAAACUUGACAUACAAAUGAAACUCCCUGGGAAAUUCCGCAGAGCUCAGCAAGGUAACGUGGAUUCUCAGCUAACCUCUGAGAGUUACUAUAAAGAAACCCUAAGUGUCCCGACAGUGGAGCACAUUAUUCAGGAACUUAAAGAUAUAUUCUCAGAACAGCACCUCAGAUCUCUCAAAUGCUUAUCUCUGGUACCCUCUGUCAUGGGACAGCUCAAAUUCAAUACGUCAGAGGAACACCAUGCUGACAUGUACAGAAGUGACUUACCUAAUCCUGACACACUGUCAGCCGAGCUUCAUUGUUGGAGAAUUAAGUGGAAACACAGGGGAAAAGAUAUAGAGCUUCCAUCCACCAUUUAUGAAGCCCUCCAUCUACCUGACAUCAAGUUCUUCCCUAAUGUUUAUGCAUUGCUGAAGGUCCUAUGUAUACUUCCUGUGAUGAAAGUUGAGAAUGAGCGCUAUGAAAAUGGACGAAGGCGUCUCAGAGCAUACUUGAGGAACACUUUAACAGAUCAAAGGUCAAGUAACUUGGCUUUGCUUAACAUAAAUUUUGAUAUAAAACAUGAUCUGGAUUUAAUGGUGGACACAUAUAUCAAACUCUAUACAACUAAGUCAGAGCUUCCUACAGGUAAUUCAGAAACUAUUGAAAAUACCUAAGAGACUGUUUUAAAAUAGGUUUUCUUUUAUAUUUGAUAUUUGGAGGAAAAGCUGUAAAGUGUAUAGUAGGCCUCUUAAUCACCGAAUAUCUUUGCCUGUAGGUCUGCGAUUGAAUACAUUAGCCAUUGAUAAUCUGCCUAUUUAAACAGCCCCUCAUUUGAACUCUCAUGCUUUGAGGAUGUCUCUGUUCUUCCAUAAGAAAGCCAUGAAGUGCUACAUUUUGUUUCUGUGUGCUCUCUCUUAUGGCACUCUGGAAUUGUUUUAGUUAAGUCAUUUUAGACGUAACAUUUAUCAUCACUGUGGAUCCAAUUUUCAGGUAUUGAGUUACAGUUCUUUUAAGAAAUAAAUUUUGAGAAGGUGUGGGAAGAAGGAAUACAUUUUAUAAAAUGUAACAAUGAAUCUCAAGACUGAUCCUUGACUAGAGGGAGUUUUAAGUAUGUUGUAAAAAAUCUGUAAUGGACAGUUAAGGGAAUUACCAGAGUGAGACAAACUGAGCUCGCCAGACGAGGAUUUCAGUGUAGAUUUUGUCUUAUCCAAUGAGCCUAAAGGAACAAGUUACAGGUAAAGUUCAAAUGGAAGAGCUGACCAUUGUUGUUCCACAUCUGGUUGCUGCUGUUUACAUUCCUUUGUUGAGCCCCCACCUUCAUAGACUUUUUGGCAGGUACAUGCUGAACACUUCUGUUCAUGGUUGCGACAGAGUCAGAGGCCAUGGACACUAACAACUGAUAGAUCUUUUGUCUUCUGUCUUUUUCCAUUAGUACGUCUACUGCCCCGUCUUGAUUUAUAAGCGAAACCUGGAAAACCUACAAAAAUAAGUGUUUUAUGGUUUAUCUAGGAAUAAUCCAGAAAAUAUUACUGUUAUUUUUGGUGAAGAAAAUCAAUUUUGUAUAGUUUAUUUCAAUCUAAAUAAAAUGCGAAUUUUGUUUAAAGUUGAGGUAUAUUGUUUCUGGCGGGGACAAAACAGGUUCUUACGGUAAAGUGUCUUCUCAAAAAUACUCGGUUAUCAACUUCACAACUCUUGAAGAUGAGUUCUUAAUUUUUUUUGUUUCGGUAUGUGUUUUACUACUUGAGGUUUAGGAAAAGCCGUUUCAACUGAGGCAUUGUUAAAUGUAAGGCUUCUCUAGCUGAUGAUUUUUAUAUUAUCUACCGUAUGACACCCGAUAUAAAUUGUCAGGGCUUGCAUUGUUGCUGGCUACAAUGUAAAUGAAUGAAUAUAAUUGGGAGAUGUCACUGAAUUCUGUGGGGUACCGUUACUGUCAUUUGAGUUUCAGAAAGCAGAAUGGGGUACAUUUGCUGGUGCGCUGGGUCUUCAGGCACAGUGCAUUUCCCUGCCGUGGGCAAGCCCAGCAGAUGUGUCAGACCGAGACACAUUCAUUGCCCAUGCCAGUUAUAAAACAGAUGAGUUUAUCUUACAGCCAGGUCUCUAAGAAGUACCUCUGUCCUUGCCAGAAAGAACUGAGCUGGUUCGUGAUGGCAGAAUGACAGUGAAGGAGAAACAGAAAUGGCCUUUCAAAUACCUGCAUCCAGUUCUUCAGACAAUUAAAAGUGGUGUGACCUUGGCACACUGGGUAUGUUUCCUUCACUCUAAAAUCUGCCUUGUGAUUGUGCUCUGAGGGUUAGAUAACUUCUCAGGUACAUAUUGCUGCAUCAGAACAUCCUAAGCCUUAGUGACCUAAACAAUUGCUCAUUCUCACAGUUUUGUGGGUUGGUGGGACUCUGUGCAGCUGCAUUCAACUGGCAGUUUGGCUGAGGGCUGGACCUCUCCAUGUGGUCUUUCAUCCUGGGCUUAUCCCAUGGUAGUCUGAGAGUACCAGGAAGACAAAGGCAGUAGCUUCAAAGCCUGGGCUUAAGAACUCACAGAAAUCACUUUUACCACGUUCUUUUGGUCAAAGCAAGUCAUAAGAGGAAAUACUCUUCUUGGUUGGAGAAACAGCAAAAUAUGGCCCUGUUUUUAGUCUACCACAAUAGCGUAUCCAAAAACAUUCAUGCAACAAGCAUUAGUUAAGCUUUUAAGAUGCCCAGCGCUUGUUUAUAUAACCCCGUAUAAUCUGUAAGUUAAUUUGGGAAUCUAGUGAAUGAUUAGAAACGCUAAUUUAUUAAAAGCAGAGUUUUGAACCAUUUCGUUGCGGUUCGGCCCCCUGCUGAGAAUUUGCAUUUCCACCCCAAAUGUAUUGAACCAGAACUACCUUUUUUUAUAUUUUUUUUUUUCAUUUUUAUUGUGCUUUAAGUGAAAGUUUACAAAUCAAAUCAGUCUCUCAUACAAAAACUUAUAUACACCUUGCUAUAUACUCCUAGUUCUCCCUCUAAUGAGACAGCACACUCCUUCCCUCCACUCUCUAUUCUCGUGUCCAUUCAGCCAGCUUCUGCCCCCCUCUGCCCUCUCAUCUCUUCUCCAGACAGGGGCUACCCACAUAGUCUUAUGUGUCUACUUGAUCCAAGUAGUGUGAUACAAGUAGAGUGAUCAAAAUCACUCUUGAUCAGUAUCAUUUUCUAUCCCAUAGUCCAGUCCAAUCUCUGUCUGGAGAGUUGGCUUUGGGAGUGGUUCCUGUCUUGAGCUAACAGAAGGUCUGGGGACCAUGACCUCUGGGGUCCUUCUAGUCUCAGUUGGACCAUUAAGUCUGGUCUUUUUACAAGAAUUUGGGGUCUGCAUCCCACUGCUUUCCUGCUCUCUCAGGGGUUCUCUGUUGUGUUCCCUGUUAGGGCAGUCAUCGGUUGUACCCGGGCACCAUCUAGUUCUGGUCUCAGGCUGAUGUAGUCUCUGGUUUAUGUGGCCCUUUCUGUCUCUUGGGCUCAUUACCUUGUGUCUUUGGUGUUCUUCAUUCUUCCUUGCUCCAGGUGUGUUGAGACCAGUUGAUACAUCUUAGAUGGCCUCUUGCUAGCAUUUAAGACCCUAGACACCACUCUCCAAUGUGAGAUUCAGAAUGUUUUCUCAAUAGAUUUUAUUAUGCCAGUUGACUUAGAUGUCCCCUGAAACCAUGGUCCCCAAACCCCUGGCGCUGUUACACUGGCCUUCAAAGUGUUCAGUUUAUUCCGGAAACCUCUUUGCUUUUGGUUUAGUCCAGUUGCACUGACCUCUCCUGUAUUGUGUGCUGUCUUUCCCUUCUCCUAAAAUAGCAGAACUACAUUUUAACAAGAUCCCCAGUUGAUUGAGGCUCUUGUUAAAAUGUAGAUGCUGACUGAGUAUAUCUGGAGUGGAAAGGUAAAUCUCAGCGGAGGGUUGAAUUGGAAUGAACUGGUCCAAAGCCCUGGUUAAAGGGGAUUUUCACAAACUUUGAUCUUUAAAGAUAGGUGAGUCCGUGGUAGUAUCCACACACAUGAAACAGAUUGUCUUGCAAAAUUAGAUAGUUACAAAGUGGUAGGAGUAGUGACUAUUCCACAAAUACUGCUUCAGUGCUUACUGCGUGGCAGGCAGACUUCCAGGCUAAGUGGUGGCAAUACCAGAUGUGUUUUCUGACUCAGAGUUUGCAACAUAGCAUUGGUUCACAGGAUCACAGCUGUACUUGGUUAUAAUUACAUAUAUACACACCCACACUUCAGACUAGUGAAUCAGGUUUAUCAAAGUUCAGGGAAAGGGGAAUAACAUCAUAUA